CAACGAGAGAAGCAGAACCGGAGGCAAUGGAUCGAGACGUGGUGAGUUCUGGCUGGAGAGCGACGCGCACGUGAGGGGUGCUGGAGAGGUAGGCGUCGAGGCUCUUGGCCUUGGAGAUCUGGCGGGCGAAGUAGACGAGGAUCUUCCAGCACACGAGCGUCUCCUUGGCGUCGAAGUGGAAGGGGGUGUGCAGAACCUGGCUCUGACGCCCGAGAUCCUGUGUACGAGACAGAAGGAACCGGCGAACGUGCCAGA